AUGGCAGACGAAUUCACUCCAAACGAUAGAAAGUAUAUCAAUACUUUAUUAGCACAAAAGAAUCAAGAAUCGACAUACAUUGGUAUCGCCGACAAGAUUAGCAAGAAAAAGAAUAAAAAACCAAGCAAGAGAAUCAUUCUCUUGACAAAACACCGUGUCAUCUACUUGAAACCAGGUCAAACUAGAGUUAAAAAGGAAACUCAUUUCUUGGACAUCGUUGAAAUUAAAAGUUCAAAUGCUUCCGAGAUUAUUGUUGUAUCAAAAACAUUCACUUAUGGAUUAAAUACUCCAAAGGCUGAUGAUAUCAUUAAUAACAUUAGAUUAUUAUUCAGUCAAUCUUAUCUUGGUGCACCCGAAGAUGCAGGUUUCAAAUUGGAUGUUAAACCAUCAUCAAGAUUAGGUGAUAUUCAACCAAAAGAAUUACCAUGUGGUGGAUUUGUUGAAACUUAUCAAUUCUUGUGUGAUUAUUAUCCUUCAACACCUGUUAGACUUGAUAUUUGUUGGGAUAUGGAUCACAUUGUAUCAGUUAGAAAUAUCAAAACAUUCAACAUGAAUGAAAUCGAACAACCCAUUUCAGCAAGCGAUAUCAAAGCUUUACUUGGUGCUCUCAAAUACAACACCUAUUUCAAGAGUUUGGUGUUUAAUGGUAUUCCAAUGGGCAAGGAUCAAUUGACUGCAUUGGCCGAUACAUUGAGAACAAACUCUACCAUUGAAGAUUUGAGUAUGAACAAUGUCGGUGCCAAAGGUGACACUUUACCCAUUGUUGCCAUGACUCUUGGUGCAAACAAGAAUAUUGGUCUAACUUCAAUCGAUCUUUCACAUAAUCCAAUUGAAGAUAAAGGAAUGAUUCCAUUCUCAAAUUAUAUUGGUGCAAGUCCACGUGGUAUUGCAUCAUUAGAUUUUUCAAAUACUAGUAUGGGUAAAGCAGGUGUUUCAGCAUUGAGCAAUGCACUUAAAAAGAAUGUAAAGAUGCCAUCAUCAUUGACAUACCUUAAUCUAAGCAACAACAAGAUGGAAGCUGAUGGAUCGGCUGCAUUGGCAAACUUUUUGGCCAAUCCAAAUGCUCUUCGUACUUUGAAUAUUUCAAAUACCCUCCCAACUAUGGAAACCAUUGUUGGUGCUUUGGUACGUGGUUGUUUGGAAUUGAGACAUCUAGAUCUCUCUGACAAUCGUCUCACCAAAAAGGAGGUAACUCAUCUUGUUCGUUUUAUUGGUGCUUCAGCAACUCUCAAAUCCAUCAAUAUCUCCAAUACAAAGGUUCCAGUUGAAAAUCUUAAAGAACUUGUUGUGGCUAUUACUUCAAAUCUUUAUCUUCAAGAUAUUAAUUUUGAUACCAAAAAUAAUGAUUUAGGUAUUGCAGGAGCAAGAAUGUUGGCAAGUUUAGCUGAUAAGAUACCAAAUAUUAGUGUAUUGGAUGUUAGUGAAAAUGAUUUUGGUGAUGAAGGUGUAUCUGUUAUUUGUGAAGGAUUCUGUCAAAACAAUUCGGUCAAGAGACUUGUGCUCAAUGGCAAUUUCAAGGUAUCAAAGACAAAGUCUAGACCAUCGGCCAUUGAAUCGGUUGUCAAUCUUUUGGAAGCUGGUACUUCACUCGAGUCGUUGCACAUGACCAACGGCACAUCAAAGACACAACUAAAGACUGAGAUUUUGCCCAUCAUAUACUCGCUUGCCACCAACGACUCGUUGCUCGAACUCGAUAUUUCAGGUCACCAAAUGGGUAACAAGGGUGCGAUUGCCCUCGGAAAGGCACUCCAAACCAACAAGGCAUUAAACACAUUGGUAUGGGAUGACAAUAUGACUGGUUUGGCUGGCUUUGCCGGUCUCCAAGUCGGUUUGGAACGUAACCUCACGCUAAAGAACAUGCCCAAGCCAUUGGUCGAUAUUAUGCAAGCACACAGAGAAAACCCUGCCAAACUUACUGCUAUCAUCAAGGAUAUUGACUAUUGCAUCAACCGUAACCAAGCUCCACUGCGCAAGAUGGAGAGCUCUGGUUCGGGUGUCGGUGCCACCAACCUUGCCUUUUUGGCCAGUGGUCAACAACAAUCGAUUGAAAAGUGGUUAAACAAGAUUAAAUCGGUCGGUAGAAAGACUACUGAUCCCGAGCACGUUGUCGCUAUCAAGGAUGCUGAAAACACUGAAAAGGUGAUUGGUGGUAUGCAUCUCAUCAAAGAGGCUGUACAUGCAUCUCUCGAGAUGGAAUUGAACCAAAAACUCAAAGAGUUUGUAUCGGUGGUUGGAGAAGUCGUCAACAAGAAAAAGGAAGAAAUGUUGCAACAAAUUUUAAAGACUAUGCAAGGUACAUUCCAAUCGAUGGAUCAGUCGGCAUACAAGCGUUUGGCUACUGGUAUUCAAUAUGGUUCAAAGGAUAUUGAUGAAUCUGGUAUUGAAAGUACAUUGGUCAAGGGUGCUGGUGCGGAAUUAUCAAACAAGGUACAUGAAUGUUUCUUGUCUGCUCUUGAAAUUGCAUCAGAUUACACUUAUGAAAAGAUUGGUAAUGGCUUGGAAAGUGUAUUCCAAGACUUGAUCCAUGAAGAGAAUGCUGCUGCCGCUGCUGCCUCUGAAGGUCCAGAAACACCUACACUUGGACGUGCUAACCCUCCAUCCACCCCUACUUCACCAACUGCUCCAUCCACUACUCCAACUCCAGUCACUCCAACUCCAGUCGCUGUUGCACCAGCACCAGCACCAGCAGCUGUUUCCAACAAUGUGCCACCUCCAGUUGCACCACGUACGGUCGGACCACCACCAACAGCACCACGUACUGGUAUUGCUGCACCUGGAACCGGUCCACAGUCACCAGAGGUGCAAGUACAAAAGCCACCUCAACCAAUGUUCAAGGUCGGCACCAAGGUUGCCGCCAACCCAGCCCUCGCUGCCGCCAUUGCCAAAAAUAUUGGUGGCGGUGGCGCUCCACCCAUGUUCCGUAAACCAGCUGCCGAACCAGCUCCCGAACCAACCCCUACCCCCACCCCAACACCCGCCGCAGCACCUACAAAGACAACCCCAUCCAAACCAGUGGUUGUCAAAAAAGACAAGGAUCCCAAGAAAUCGUCAUCUGCUGGCGCAGGUGGUGAAAUUUCAGAUGCUCCAGAAUCAGACGCCGAGUCACUCAGCCAUGUCACCAAGAGCAGACCACAAGUUCAACACAAGAGAAAACCACCAACUAGAAGACCUGCUCCACCCCCAUCUUAA